GAAAAAUAUUACUAACAAGCCAUGUACAUAUAUGUUAGUAAAUGAUAAGUCCAUACAUAUAAGACGUAUCACACCAUCGAUCCUUACUAUCCAACUUUUUCCAUGUCUGAAAUCACUACUCCUUUGAUAGUUAAGCCAGGUAAUGAUCAUGACUACAUCAACAAUACUAGUGAAGAUGGAAAUAGUUGGUUGAAGAAAGUGUUGGACUGGGAAGAGGCUAAGAACCAGAUAUUGUUUUCUCUACCAAUGAUACUAACAAAUGUUGCUUAUUAUUCCAUACCAUUAGUAUCUGUCAUGUUUGCGGGCCAUCUCGGAGAAGUCGAGCUUGCCGCGGCUAAUCUAGCCAAUUCUUGGGCCACGGUCACCGGACUCUCCUUCAUGGUUGGGCAAAGUGGUGCACUUGAGACAUUAUGUGGGCAAGGAUUUGGAGCAAAACUAUACAGAAUGUUAGGAAUAUAUUUACAAGCAUCUUGUUGGAUUUCCAUAUUCUUCUCCAUCCUCAUAUCAAUCCUUUGGCUUUUCACUGAACCUAUUCUCGUUUUACUGCAACAAGAUCCCCAAAUCUCCAAAAUGGCUGCUCUCUACAUCAAGUAUCUUAUACCUGGUCUAUUCGCUUACGGGCUUCUAAAUAAUGUGCUGAGAUUUCUCCAAACACAAUCCAUCGUGUCCCCUUUAGUAUUUUGUUCACUCUUCCCGUUAAUCCUCCAUAUUGGCAUUACUUAUGUACUUGUACGUUGGACUUCUUUAGGUUUCGUUGGAGCCCCAUUGGCUGUUUCGAUUUCAUUAUGGAUUUCAAUAUUUUUGCUAGCAGGAUAUGUGCUUUUUAACGCACGGUUUAAGGAAACUUGGCAAGGUUUCUCCUUGGAAUCAUUUAAUCAUGUUUUUGUUAGUUUAAAGCUUGCUCUUCCCUCUGCUGCUAUGGUGUGUUUGGAGUAUUGGGCUUUUGAGUUACUUGUGUUAUUAGCCGGCAUAUUGCCAAAUUCAGAAAUAACAACUUCCUUGAUUGCCAUGUGUGUUAAUACAGAAGCAAUCGCCUACAUGUUUACAUACGGCCUUAGUGCUGCUGCAAGCACACGUGUUUCAAAUGAGCUGGGAGCUAAGAAUAUCAGUAGAGCUAAGAAUGCCAUGGGUGUGAGUCUAAAGCUGUCUGUCAUCCUUGCUCUUGCUGUUGUUGUGGCACUGGGGUUCGGUCAUAAUAUUUGGGCUGGAUUCUUUAGUGACAGUCUCGUGAUCAUAAACAAAUAUGCUUCUAUGACACCUUUCCUGAUGAUUUCGAUAAUUCUUGAUUCCAUCCAAGGAGUCUUAUCAGGGGUGGCAAGGGGUUGUGGUUGGCAACAUCUAGCUGUGUACAUCAACCUAGCAAUGUUUUAUCUUAUUGGCAUGCCGGUUGCAGUUGCCCUUGCUUUUCUACUAAAACUAUAUGCAAAGGGAUUAUGGAUUGGCUUAAUUUGCGGAUUGUCAUGCCAAACCGGUAGCCUUCUAUUACUUGUAUAUCUUAACAAGUGGACCCAAGUGGAACUCAAUGGAAACAACCAUUUCGACAACAAGAUUCUUGUUUGAUCAAAAA